AUGGAAACCCCAGAAUUCUUCCAGGGAGGUUACUAUACCAACCAAUUCACGCCUGAAAAACCAUUUUUCGAUUCGAAAAAUGACGACCAUUUCGUCGUUGAAGAUCUCCUAGACUUCCCGAAUGACGAUGGAAUGAUGGCGGACUUGGAGGCUGCUUUUGACGCCACUACCAUGGCCGGAACCUCUACCGACUCUUCCACUGUCUCCAGAACCAAUAUUGAGCCACAUUUCGCCAGAGAUAUUGGUUGCCGGAGUUUCGCCGACGGCCAGUUCUCUAGUGAACUUUGCGUGCCGUAUGAAGAUUUGGCUGAGUUGGAGUGGCUAUCUAAUUUUGGAGAGGAGUCGUUUUCAAGUGAGGACUUGCAGAAGUUACAGUUGAUACAAGGAAUGCAACCCCGGCCCGGUGAACCUUCAGAACCUCACCAACACCAAUUCCAGCCUAAAACCACCCGUAACGCCACCAUGUUGCGGCCCGAACUGUCAAUCCCGGCGAAGGCUCGUAGCAAGCGCUCACGGGGUGCCCCUGCAAAUUGGGCAUCCCGCCUUUCGGCCAUGUCCCCAACACCAUCGGCAAUGUCAUCGUCCCUGAACUCGGACAAAGUAAAGGUGAAGUUCCCAACCAAUAAAAAGGAAGUUUCCAACAAUGCAGCCACUGCGGACUGCAGUGGGAGCCGAAAGUGCCUCCAUUGCGCAACGGACAAGACGCCGCAAUGGAGGACCGGUCCAAUGGGGCCAAAGACACUAUGCAAUGCAUGUGGAGUGAGGUACAAGUCGGGCCGUCUUGUCCCAGAGUACAGGCCUGCAGCAAGCCCGACAUUUGUACUGACGAAGCAUUCCAAUUCGCACCGCAAGGUUUUAGAGCUGCGAAGACAGAAAGAGCUACAAGAAUUCCAGUUUCUCCAUCAAAACAUGAUGUUUGAUGCAUCUGAUGGUGGUGAUUACUUGAUUAAUCAACUUGGCCCAAUAUCAGACAACUGA